AUGGAUGUCAUGUUUGCUCAACGAUCGUCGUCCUCCUUGAAUCCGAACGCCCCGCUGUUCGUCCCGAUGGCUUACCAGGCGGUGGAGGAUUUCUCCGAUCAGUGGUGGUCGCUCAUCCAAUCCUCCACCUGGUUCCGCGACUACUGGCUCCAGGAGCGCUACCAGGAUCCCCAAUCCGACUUCUUCCUCCCCGACGACCUCGAUUUCUUCGACGACGGAGCCGAUUUCCUCAGCGGCAAAGAUGUGGAGGAGAAGGAAGAGGAAGCGGCCCGGAUGAAGUGGGACAUGGUGUCGGUGGGAUCGACGAAAUGGAGGAAGAACGAUCUGGCUCGGUCGCCGAGGUAUGCAGAGAAGGCGGCGAAGAUUGUGAAUGUGAAGGUGAGUCCGAGGACGAUUCAGCAGCCGAGGUAG